CUCGUUCCAGCCAGCCCGCCCGCCCGCGCCGCGCCGCCACACCCCUCGCGCUUGCCGAUAUUGCGUUCCCAUCUCCCGAUCCGCGACCGCAAGUUCGAUGGCCCAGUCCGUAAGCGCCCGGCGACGACGCGACCCGCCUCUCUAGGAGACCGCCAUCACCAGGAGGGCCCAUCAAGACGCGACGCGCUACGCAUCACCGCCACCGACCCCUCCAUCUCGAUCCCAGCCCCUCCGCUCUGCCUCUCCACUCCACUCCACUACCGCACUCUAGUCGACGCGGGCACAGCACACUUGGCACUCAUCAACGGCCCCUCCCGAGUGCGUCGGCGCGCGCGAACCCGACGUGAUCCACGCCACGCCACGCCAUGCGAUGACGUGACGUGACGUCUGCCCGAUGGCCCUGCGCAUCAUCGACCGCCUACCGGCUACACAUGCGCGCGUCGACGACCCCGCCCUCGCAUUUACAAACCGAAUCUCACUUGACGCGUUUCAUUUUGUCGCCGUCGUCUGGCGCAUCGCCCACCCGCUCGCUCGCUCGCUGCUGCGCUCAGGCUACGCAGGUCACUCGGAGUCUGCCCGGCCCCCGCUCGAUAUCAAACACUACGCAUUUUCAUCUAUUACCGCCCAUCCAUCCGCGCAGUCACACAGCGUCCAACCCCAUCAACCCGAGAUCCCAUCUCCGUCGGCCAAGCGCCCUGCAGCCUCGGUCCUCGAUGGUCUUCGACGGUCCUCACUCGGGGCGUCUCCCGGCGCGCCGCGCGCUAACCCGCCAUGGCCGGUGCGCGCCCCCAUCCAAGGUCGUGUACCCGAGCACAUCGCGCGCUCGCCUCCAAACCCCCAUGCCAUUCCGGCCAGCCAAGCACCGAGCACCGACCGCGCGCACACGUACCCAUCCCCUGCAUCCACGUACGAGCAGCGCACGCCGCACAUACUUAUUAUAACACAUACCAAUACAUACCGUGCCGCGUCCGACUCUGACCCUGCGCGCUCCUACGAUAUGAAAGCGGUCGCCGAGCGGCCCCGCGCCGCCGCCAUCGUCGUCUCAGACCUCGACUACCAACCGCUCUCUGUCCCUCGUUUGAGUCGCGCGCCCCCGAACUGCCCUCGACCGCCAGCGCCACCGCCACCGCCGCCGCCGCUAACGGUUGAUACGGCCCCGACCCCGGCGCUCCCCGGCGCUCCCAUCCGCGACACACAUGAAUCCCGACGGACGUCGCACGCACGUCGCACGUCGCACGUCGCACCGCCUCACCCGCUCAGAACCCGGAACCUCGACACCUCGGAACCUCGACGGAUCCUGGGAUCCCGGAACGGGCAAACGCACUCGUCGACCUCGGUCGGACCGAGGGAGAGAGAUAAGACAUAGACUCGCAUUGGCACGGGGGGCAACGGACGAGACGAGACGAGACGAUUCGGGAGCUGCUGCACAUGAGGAUACAUACAUGCUCGCCCGGGCAACAGACGACAGCGUACGACGACGACGACAAGGAGUGGUAGUGGUAGUAAUACGUGCAGCGGAGCGAGGGCUUUUGCCAGGCGGGGAUGUCAACGCGACAAGAGACAUAGAACAGAAACGGAAAAGAAAAAGAAAAAGAAAAAGCGCGAGAGGGACGGAACGAAAGGAGGCGAACAAAGAUGAAAAAUCGAAGCACACGCGAACCCGCGAUCGAAUCACAAAUCACGAGACGCGAGACGGCACGGCAGGGGUAGGGUGGGGUGAGGUGGCGGAGGAGGAGGGUGGAGUUGCUCUGGUGGAGAGUGCGGAGGCAGCUGGAGGGGUUGUGAGUGGUGUCGAUCGGGUGGGUACGAAGGUUCAAGCGUGUCAGGGGUCGGUUCGUGAGCGUGCGAUUCGGUGCGGGCGUGCGAGUGCGUGUACGGGUGAGUGCGUGUCUAGAUGAGGUCGCUGUGUGCAGC